CAGCGCUUCAUUACAACACUGUAAUCACCUGGGACAGAGAGAGAGAGAGACAAAUACAGCAAGGAGCAGCAGUCAUCUUUCAACGGCUGCCUUCGCUUCUUAUUUUCAGUCUUCGAGAUACCAGCCUUUGCAGUGUGCGUUUUUGCUUUCAGUUCACAAACUUAUUUUGACACUACCACCUUCACCAAGUCAACAUGAAAGUCGUCGGAUCUACCUGCGCCCUGAAGAGCAAGGUUAGCAGCGAGGACAUGGCGAGGUGCUUGUCAGAGCAGAGCCUGGCCAUCUCCAAAUGCAAGCUGCCGCUGCUGGACGAGCACAUGAGCGUCUUCCUCGACAUGAACGGCUGCUACAGCAAACUGAAAGAGCUGGUGCCCACUCUGCCGCCCAACAAGAAGGCGAGUAAGAUGGAGAUCCUGCAGCACGUCAUCGACUACAUCUGGGACCUCCAGGUCGAGCUGGACUCCCCGGGGUUGACACGGGCACAGGGCGCGAACAACUCGCCGCUGACCCGUUCACCGCUGACCACCCUGAAUGCUGAAUUAGGCAUUACAGUUGAGAAUGGCUGCGCAGAUGACAGGAUCGUGUGCCGUUGAGUUCCCAUCUGUUGGUGACGAGAAGAGUAAACUUCUUGAAGGAAAUAAACUGAACAAGGUGUUCUCGUGAGACGGCUCAUCACUUCUUUAACCUUGAUCUAGCAUGGAAGUAGAAAGCGUCCCACACUAGAUGCGUGUAAAAGUCUGUUAACGCGAAUUGAC